AUGGAGGGUAAGAGGAAGAAGCGUAGCAUAGUGAGGCUGUGCAAAAAAAUUGACGACGAGGAGGACGAGAAGAAGAAAAACGACGAGGAUGAGGAGAGGAAGGAAGGAGGAGAGAAGUUCUAUGUCGCAAAACCAGUUGGUGAGCCGGUUAAAGUUACGGGUAAAGGCAACGACAGAAGAAACCAUUACGAGCAGUUCGAGUACGGCGGUAAAAGAUACCAGAUGGAGGAUUCGGUGCUGGUGAAUCAACCAAACGAAAAGCUAAAGCCGUUUGUUGCCAUUAUCAAGGAUAUCACCCAAAAAAAGGAUGGACACAUGAAGAUUAUGGGACAGUGGUUCUAUCGUCAAGAAGAUGCAAAGAAAAAGGGUGGUGGAAACUGGGAAGCAGAUGAUACAAGAGAACUGUUCUUUAGUUUCCAUCGUGAUGAGGUCCCAGUAGAAUCUGUGAUGCAUAGAUGCGUGGUGCAUUUUGUUCCAGCUCAUAAGCAACUUCCAAAACGCAAACAAAACCCUGGUUUUAUCGUGCGAAAGGUGUAUGAUACUGAUGAGAAGAAGCUGCAUAAUUUAACUGAUAAAGAUUAUGCAGUUGCAAAACAACGUGAAAUUGACCUCCUUGUGGAAAAGUCAAUGUUGCGAUUGGGUGAUCUUGCUGACCUUGAAACUGAGGAAGAUGUAAACAAGGCUAAAAGAUCUUCCCGGAAAGUAAACAUACCUCCUGUUGAUGUUAGAAAGGAGGAUGAUGAGUAUCAUUCCAUCCUAUACAAGUUUGAAUCACUAACAGAUGAUGCUCAUCGUAACAAAUGUUUGGCGAAGCUUCUGAAAGCAGUCCACAACAUAUGCUUUCACGCUGGUGACGAAGCAAAUGUGGGUUUCUCUGGAUCCCAUCUUGAACAGGCUGAGCGUGGAUCUCACGAGAAUCUGUUAAAGAAUGAGAGUUUUCUCUGGCCAGAUGCUGCUGUUCCUCGGGUUUGUGCUCUUGAGUCGGCUUUACAUGUUUCUCUUGCCUUGGAUUAUUCUAAAUACAAUCGAAAGAUAAGGGCAUUGGCAUUCAAUAUCAAGAACUCUGCACUGCUGGCUAAACGACUGCUCAAUGGGGAGUUAGAACCUGAAAAGAUUUUGAACAUGUCCCCCACUGAGUUAAAGGAGGGUUUAACCAAUGAGGAAACAGAGAAGAAUGAGCCUGAUGAUGCGGAACGAAUGCAGAUGACUGACGUAAGAUGCUCAAGAUGCAGUGAAAUUUUAGUUGGCCUGAAUGGUAUCAUUCAAGCUGGGAAUGGAGAACGGUAUCAGCUGGAAUGUAUUGCCUGUGGACAUUCGUGGUCUGCCCCAAGGGAUGAGGUAUCAACUCAGACUAAACACACUGAACAACCUGCCCAAGGAACAAACACUGCAUACAUUGAGAAGAAUUUAACCAAUCCUCACGAAGCUGAGAAGAAAGCAACAGAAGAAUCGUUGAGGAAAACCAAUAGCUUUAAUGCUGACAAUAAUCCUGAAGCCACCAAGUAA